AUGGCUUCCUCAUCACGCACAGAUGGCAGACAGCCACUUGAGACACGGGCGAUAUCAACAAAGCUUGGCGCCUUGUCGCGGGCGGACGGCUCAGCGCGAUUCUCGUUCGGAUCGACAUCCUCCUUGGCAUCUUUUGCUGGACCUAUAGAAGUACGGCUGAGAGAAGAGCUGCCGGAUCGCGCUACAUUAGAGGUCACACAUCGGCCAUUAGAGGGCGUAGGAGGUCAGCCGGCCAGGUUCAUCGAACACAAACGCGAUCCCACGCCUUCGAGAGCGCUCGAAGCAUCCUUAAUAUCAGCCCUUACCCCGCUUCUCGCCCUGUCACAACAUCCUCGAUCGCUCGUUCAGCUAGUUAUCCAGUCUUUGUCCUCGCCCUGCACCUCCUAUCACACAUCCUCCUCCAUGGCAGACAUCCCCGACGGCCCCGUGUCACAUUUAUGGCCUCCCAAUACCAUCCUGUCAAAAGCAGAUCUCGCCUCUCCCUCUUCUCCAUACGCCCUCUCCUUCGCCGAGCGCUCCAGCGCUCUCAAUGCAGCAUCUCUCGCCAUUCUCGACGCGGGCGCUGUCUCUCUGCGCGCCGUCCCACUCGCCGUAUCCCUGGCGUACAUCCCGGCCGAUGUCUUUGUGGACGUGCUGGGUGGAAUAGAAGAGGGAGGGGCAACGAGGGAGGUGCAACUUGUUGUGGACCCAAGUGCAGAGGAAGAACGGGCAGCAAAGAGCCGAUUUGUGUUUGGGUGGGCGUUUGGGGAGGGGGUCAGUACGAGCGGGAGAGGGGCUGAACAGGACGAGGAUAUGGAGGGAGAAGGAGGAAAGGAAGCAGAACUGGUCUGGGCGGUGAGCGAGGGGUCUUUCUCCAAAGCCGAGUUUGAUACGGCGCUGGAACAGUCUCGGGUGUCCGCUUCUGAGAUUCUGGGAGCUGUCAGAGAGCAGCUCCGUCGGCAUAUAUCUGCUAGACUUGCAUGA